UUUCAUCCUUCUAAUCCCCUCCUCCCCUCCCAAAUCCCCAAUCCAUUCUAAAUCUCCAAUCCCUCUCAUCCUCUACUCCGCCUCCACUACCGACGCCGACGCCGACGAGGCACCACCGGCGGGGUCCCCGCGAUCGCGACGCCGAGCAUUGCGGAGGAGGCGCCGAUCUGCGGCGGCGGGCGGGGGCUCCUCGAGGAGCCGCUGGUUUGGGGACGGAGGAGGAAGAGGGUGAUGGCUCGCCCCGAUACGAUGGCAGGUGUCCAGUUAGGAUGCUACACUAUAAAGUCCCAUGGAACCAAAGUGGCAAGACUUCACAUGUACGAUUGGAUGAUACUUCUACUCCUAGCUGUUAUAGAUGGACUGUUGAACAUAAUCGAACCUUUUCACCGUUUCGUCGGGAGGGACAUGAUGACUGACUUGAGAUAUCCAUUGAAAGGCAAUACUGUUCCAUUCUGGGGUGUUCCGAUCAUUGGAAUUGUAUUGCCUUGUGCCAUUUUUGGUGGAAUUUACUUCAAAAAGAAGAAUUUCUACGAUUUGCAUCAUGGCAUACUGGGAAUCCUAUACUCUGUGCUUAUAACUGCAGUAAUCACAGAUGCAAUUAAGGAUGGUGUGGGUCGUCCACGCCCAGAUUUCUUCUGGCGCUGUUUCCCAGAUGGAAAGGAUGUUUAUGAUAAUGUCACUACUGGUGUCAUAUGCCAUGGAGAGAAGAGUGUCAUCAAAGAAGGCCACAAGAGCUUUCCAAGCGGGCACUCUUCAUGGUCCUUUGCUGGUUUAGGCUUCCUUGCAUGGUACUUAGCUGGGAAAAUCACAGUUUUUGAUCGGAGAGGCCAUGUUGCAAAGCUGUGCAUAGUAUUUCUGCCUCUUCUUACUGCUGCACUUGUGGCUGUUUCUCGAGUGGAUGACUACUGGCAUCACUGGCAGGAUGUAUUUGCAGGCUCUCUGAUAGGUCUUACAGUUGCAUCAUUCUGUUACCUGCAAUUUUUUCCAUAUCCUUAUGACGCAGACGCUUUCUGGCCUCAUGCAUACACCCUCCAGCUAGCUGAGGCCUCUCGCAAUAAUAACACCACAAACUCCUACAGCGUGAGACCGACCGGGUUCGAGACUGUCAAUAUCCCAGAAGGGCAUGGCCAUGGUGGGAUUGCUCUAAGAGACAACCUAGACAUGGAGGCUGGCAGGAGAUAGUGAAUUCUGAGACUGGGCUGGAGAUUUCUACAAAAUACCAUGACUAUAUCCUGACUUUUACGAGCUCGAAUUUUGUCAACUCGACAGGCGAGAUAUGGUAGGCUGUGUUCAUGUAUCUAUACAGUUGUAUCUAGAUCUGCUGUUUCAUUACUUCUGAAUUUGUCUAUUGGCUUUCAUGUUUUCUGUUUCAUGCUAACGGGAUGGCUAGCCCCCGGAAGCAUUCGCUGUAAACAAUCUAGUAGAUGCUCUUACAUUUGUACAUUUGUUUCUGCUUAUUUUGGAUUUGGUCAAGAUAGGGUUGUGUUGAAAA